AUGAAUAAAAUAUCUAUAGAAGAAUGUUAUAAAUCAAUCAAUGGAUAUACAUUGAGCAGCGAUCUCAAUUUGAAUAUACUAAAGAUAGAUGAAGAGCAAUUCAACCAAUCAUUCUCUAGGAAUGAGUAUUUCUUUACACCAUUCGAGCAGUUGUUCAAUAGGAAACUACCUAGUUAUCUAGAUAAUGAUUAUCAUAAUACACUCGAUAGUAACAGCAAUCAUAACGAAACAGAAACAAGUAGAAUAACAUUAAAUUCGAUAACUACAUUUACAACAACAACACCAGCAACAGCGACUACCAAUACCACAACAAAAAAAACAAAAUCACCUAAAAAGACUGCAACAACUACAUUGGAUAAGAAACAACGUGAACAAAAUGAAACGAAUCAAACGAAAGAAGAUCAUGGUAAAAAGUCAACUAGUGAUGCAACUCUACCGAAUUCAUUUGAAAAUCCUAGUCUUGCAUUGGUUAAACCAAGCGAUGUUCAAAAAUCUAAAUCAAAGAGUGCUGCUAGAACGGCGAUUCUUCUUGAUUCAUCAUCUCUUCCACCUAGUGUAGCACCAUCUAUAACAAAGAAACAACAACCACAACAGCAACAACAACCAUUACAACAAGAGCAAACAACACCAACAAAUAAUGAACAUGCAUCUCUUUCUCCAUCUACAGUAUCACCAGUUGUCAAACCAACAGUUGCAAUUCGAAAGCUACCAUCGAUUAGAAAUUCAAAAUUAAAUCCAUUAGAUAUCUCUUCAUCAAAAUCGAUUCAAUCAUUGCAAAAGAUCGCUGCUAAAUCGAGUGAGAACGACAAUGCUAUUGAAUAUCAACCUCCACCAACCAUACAAAAGCCAACACCAAAUCAACCAGCUGUUAAUCCACUAUCAUCUAGCUCUGCAUUUCCACAUUUACAUCAAUCGAUUGUUAAGAGACCAAAUCUAUAUCAUAGUAUAGAUGACGAAGUUGAGAAAUUAAUGAAUUUAAUCUUUAAUAGAAAAGUAGUACAGAUACAUUCACUACCUCGAUAUUACAAGUUAAUACAAUCAAUAGAUAUAUCAACUAUGAUUCCACAUGCGAGCGAUCCGAUAUUGAUGCAUCGUGGUACAGUUCUUCAACUAGGAAAAUGUCCGGUUUUCGAAAAGAUACCUCUAAACUCAGAAGUACCACUUUCAAACUAUUAUCCUUCACCGGAUGAACCAACUAUUUCAUCUACUUUUUGGACAAAGUCUACAAUCCCUACACUCUCAAAAGAUACAAACAUUCAAUCUUUAGUCGAAAAGAAUAAUAUAGAUAUAGUUUUAUCAUCAUCUUCGUUUGUUAAGCUUAUAAAUAAUGUUGCACCUUUUUCAGAAGAUUGGGAAAUACCUAUUACAUCAAGAGAUUAUGUCAAUGCAACUGGAGAGAAUAAAAAAGUAUAUAUUUUAGAUAAACCUUUAUUAAAGAAAUCGAUUACUCCAAAGGAAAAGAAUGAAAAGUAUUUCAAUUUGGCUGUAGAGUCUAUUGGAUUGACAAGAGGAGAACAAUCAAAUUAUCCACCCAUUCAUUUCUCAACGGAUGAAGAUACAACGAAACAAAAACACUUGACUUCAACAAAUUUGACGUACAACGUUUGGAGGUUUGGUGAGAUGAAGUUACUCAUUCGAUGUAAGAUUCAUGGUUUGGUACCAGAUCCAUCAUCGAAAUUAAAGGUCAGAUAUAUUGGUAUCAAGACAAAGUUGGAAUAUCAAGCCGAACGUGGUCUCGAAGAUGCCUCGGUGAGUGACACAGCCAAGUGGUGGUCAUACACAUACAUUCGACCGGAUGCACAUCUGAUUUUCGCUCGUGUCAAUGUUUGGAAUCGUAAACUAUUGGCACUGGAGAAAAAAGAUAUGACUCAUAUUCUUCAUCCCAAGUGUCAGUUCAACCCGUCCAAGAGCUCGAAAAUAACGAUGGAGCUUCUAAAGCAUAUCAAGAAUCUGUCGGGUGGUGAUCGGUUCUUGAUGGUUCACAAGAGUUUGGAAAACUUUGUACAUAUUCACCAACAAACUGAAACCAAUCAAACUGAAAAUCCAAAUGAUAUCAUCUAUGAUCUGCAUCAAUUACAUCAGGGUCUACCAAUUGUGAAUCACGACGUGCAACCUGUAACAUUAAUUCCUCUACCAGCUCCACCUCAACCACCUGCACCAAUCAUCAAGAAUCAAGCAUCGACCAACAACAGCGAUAUCAAAGUAUGUUUUUCUUUUGCCAACAAUGGUCAAUGUUCAAAUCCAAACAACUGCAAUUUCAGUCACCUUACGAUGGCACAGGUCAAAGAGAGAAAUCUUGAACAUCAAUUAAACCCAUCAAAGAAGAGAAAGGCAUCUCAACAAAAGAAAAAGAAAGAAAAGAAAUCAAAAAAGCAACAAGCAUCAACGUCUGAUGGUGAACAUGAUUCUGGUCCUGCAGAUUCAAUGGAUUCAACAUCCGACCUUUCUUAUAUAAAUUCUUUACUCUCUUAA